CAGUCGUCGGCGAAUCAGCCCAAACACCGGGUGUGUCCGCGCGUGUCGUAUUAUUAUAAUCACAUAAAUGUCAAAUGAUAUGAUUUCGAAAAAAAAUAGUGACAUGUGACCCGUUGUAACAUGAACAUUUGUGGCAAAGUUACAUUUUUAGUGUGCCGUAGUGUUAUUCCUCAAUAUUAACGGUUUUUGCUGACUGAUUUUGUAAAGCAAAUUUAUAGUCCUGGUUCUCGUGGUCGUGUUUUUGCUAGCUGCUCAUAAAACAUUCCAGGUGACUUGGGACAGUAUUCUGCGUCAUUGACAACGCUGCUUAUUAGAAGCAAAAAGAUUAAACCAGUGUUGUGUUUCUAAUAAAUAAGUUAGAAUGUUGUUGUGAUUCACGAUGGACCGCGUGAGUGGCGUGUGUAGGUUUGGAGGAGUAGUAUCGGCGGUUAGAACGAGAACCGGCCGGAGCAGACGACGGUUAGGCACCCAAAGUCAUAUGGCAGAAGAUAUUCCAGAACCACCACGGCGAGGACUCGGAGCUGUACUGAUCCUUGCCUGCAUCAUAGUAUACCAUAACUGCCUGUAUUGUGGUUUCGUUUUUGACGACAUCAGUGCUAUAAAGGAGAAUAGAGACUUACGUCCACAAACGCCUAUAUCUAAUAUCUUCCUCAACGACUUCUGGGGAACUCCUAUUCAUAAGGAGCAGUCACACAAGUCGUACCGGCCGUUGACAGUACUCACCUUCAGGUGGAACUAUGCUGUCCAUGGUCUCCAGCCUGCUGGCUACCAUCUUGUCAACCUUCUACUACAUGCCCUCGUCUCUCUUCUAUACUAUAGGGUGUGCGCAAUGUUUCUGCCAGAGUUCGCAAGUUUCGUCGCCGCCAUCUUGUUCGCUGUACAUCCCAUACACACAGAAGCGGUCACUGGAGUGGUGGGCAGAGCAGAAAUGCUGUCUUCACUAUUCUUUCUGGGAGCCCUUCUGUGUUACGCACGGGCAGCAAAUAGGAGAAGAUAUACAGAUUGGCGUUAUGUAGCAGCGUGCACGGCAUGUGUUGGUAUUGCCAUGCUUUGUAAAGAGCAGGGCAUCACCGUCACUGGUGUCUGUGUAGUAUAUGAGCUCUUCGUGGCCCAAAAACGUCGUAAUUCGGGUGGUGGAAGCCGAUGGUCAUGGCUAGAGGCCUGGGGCAAAGGGUCCGGUUGGGGCUGCGCCUGUGGCGAGGCGGCACGACGCGUAACCACAGUAUGCUGUGCAACCCUGGCGCUGCUUGCGGCUAGACUACAUGUCAUGGGUGCACAGCUGCCUGUCUUUACGAGAUUUGACAAUCCUGCUGGAGCUGCACCACCACCAGCUAGGCACUUAACUUUCGCGUACCUGCCAGCCUUAAAUGCCUGGUUACUGGCAUUACCUGAAGCUUUAUGUUGUGAUUGGACUAUGGGCACUGUCGCACUACUGCGGUCGUGGAAGGAUCCACGAAAUUUGGCGACUCUUGCGUUGGCCACCACGUUAAUAGCUGCUGCUGUACACGCUUUGAGGACUCGUUCUUCUGCUUUGUCUAUGGGUCUGGCAUUACUGGUCCUACCAUUCCUGCCAGCUUCGAACCUAUUCUUCCCUGUUGGUUUCGUGGUUGCUGAGCGGGUACUUUAUAUGCCUUCGAUGGGAUGGUGUCUACUGGUCGCCCAUGGAUGGCGAUUGUUAGCAAAACGCCGAGCCAAACUUGCCGCUGCUGCACUUAUAUUUCUGUUUUUAGCGUUCAGUGCCAAGACAUAUGUGAGGAAUUGGGAUUGGAAGACUGAAUAUUCAAUUUUUGCAUCAGGACUGAAAGUCAAUCGUAACAAUGCGAAAUUAUACAAUAACGUAGGACAUGCCUUAGAGGCUGAAGGAAAGUACGCCGACGCGUUAGAAUUCUUUAACACUGCGGUCAGUGUGCAACCUGACGACGUAGGAGCCCACAUCAACGUUGGCAGAACUUACAACCAUCUCGGACGAUAUCAAGAGGCCGAAGAUGCCUAUGUAAAAGCCAAAUCGUUAUUACCAAAAGCAAAGCCUGGAGAAUCAUACCAGGCGAGGAUAGCACCCAAUCAUCUAAACGUUUUCCUAAAUCUCGCCAAUUUAAUAUCUAAAAAUGCUACGCGUUUGGAAGAAGCUGAUAUGUUAUAUAGACAAGCAAUCAGCAUGCGAGCAGAUUAUACUCAAGCAUAUAUAAAUAGGGGAGAUAUUCUAAUAAAAUUAAAUAGGACAAAAGAAGCUCAGGAAGUAUACGAAAGAGCCUUGUUAUAUGAUAGUGGGAACCCGGACAUUUAUUAUAAUCUGGGAGUUGUUCUCCUAGAGCAAGGAAAAGCCUCACAAGCACUGGCUUACUUGGACAAGGCUUUGGAACUGGAACCAGAGCAUGAACAGGCUCUGCUAAACUCUGCAAUACUUCUGCAAGAACUUGGAGCCGCAGACUUAAGGCAUAUCGCCAGGCAGCGUCUCCUCAAACUACUUGAUAAAGAUGCAACAAACGAGCGCGUGCACUUCAACCUGGGAAUGGUGUGCAUGGACGAGGGGGAGGCGGAGUGCGCAGAGCGGUGGUUCCGCGCUGCAGUCCACCUGAAGCCAGACUUCCGCUCGGCGCUGUUUAACUUGGCGUUGUUGCUGGCUGACACGCGCCGGCCGCUCGAGGCUGCGCCCUUCUUAAAGCAGCUCGUACGACACCACCCUGACCAUGUGAAAGCACUCGUGCUAUUAGGAGAUAUAUAUAUCAAUUCCGUAAAAGAUCUUGAUGCGGCUGAGAGCUGUUACCGCCGGAUCCUAGAAUUAGAGCCGGACAACGUGCAAGCUCUCCACAACUUGUGUGUGGUCGCGGUGGAGCGCGGCAAGUUAGCCAUCGCCGAGGAAUGCCUCACGCGGGCCUCAGCCCUCGCUCCUCACGAGCACUACAUCCAGAGGCACCUCGCAGUCGUUAAAGCGCGGAGGGCUGCGGCCACAUCUACAGUCGCCCCCACAUCAACAGCCACUACGGAAGUGAAAGCGAGAUGGAAUUACAUCCCCCAACAGCCACCCGACCCCCACGAAAUUGACCCCUCAUAGCGUAUUACCGAAUGAAGCCUGUAAAUAAUGUUUAUACUCAAUGUUUUAUUUUACUUAUAGAUGCGUUGUAUACCUAUAAAGUGUAGUUCUAAAUCACUUCGAACUCAAACUCUCACAGUAAAAAAAUAUACAAAUUCAAAUUCUGUACAAAAGGUUACUGAAAUUAAUUUGUAUACCCAUAAUAUGUAUUUCAUAGAGAAAGUAUUCAUGAUUUAAAGAAUACUAAAUAUUCAAAAAACGAAUACUAUUUGAAUAAGUUAAUAAUAUUUGAAACUGUUUCAUUAUUAUCCUUAAAAACAUUGUGAUAUUUUCUCAAAA